AUGGAUCGAUUCGCAAUCGUAGAAUUCACUGAGGAGAAUGCUGUUGAUGUUGUUCCUGAGUCGUGGAUCGAAAAACAAGAUGAGGUAAUUCUGGAAUUCGAUAUGAUUCGUUUGACUUCAGUUUGGAUGAGAUUUUAUAUUCGGUUGUUUUCAUUUUAGGUAUUUUAUUGUUACUAUCCUCGAUCAAAUAUUCAGACGCGGGUUCGUAGGAUGGAACUGCCUGACAAAAAGCUUUGGAGUUCUUAUAGAAUAAGGAUUUUGUCAUACACAGGUAUAUUAACUCUGUCUUCUUCUCUACAUGGUAAUGUUUGGUUUAAUAUCAUUGUGAUAUUUUAUAAUUCUCUUUGUGUUUUAAUAGUGUACUGUAUGUUAUACAGCACCUGAUAAUGUUCAUGGUGAAUUGAUCAUGUGAUACUAAAUAAGAAUUUUAAUAAAAUUAAUAUUUUCCUGACCGUACAACGAAAUGUUCAAUUGCAAUGGAAUAUUCUGUUGCAUGGACUAUUCCGUCUUUUCAAAUAUUCUUAUCAUUGUACUCAUAAACAUUCUUAUUUGUAUAAUAUUCAAUGUUAAACAUACAUAGUAUAUACGAAUGUUGUUUUAGAUAAAUACGACAAGGCUGUAAAACGAGCCAAAAAGGCAGAGGAAACAUCGCAAAUUGAGACAUCGGAUUCCGAACAAGAAAUUGGACAAACCAGAAAACGACGUCGGCAGGAAGUUAACUACGAGGAAUACGAACAUGGUAAUUUCCAAUUAAAAUUUUGUGCACAGUAAACAAUUUUGGCAAUAAAGUCAAUUAUUGGAAUUAAUGCUAAUAUUUAUAUCUUUCGAAUUGAGCUUUGUGUUCGUAAGAUGCUGUUAGACUAUGCAACUUGUCUUGCAGUGUUGUCAUGAGACAAUUUGCGUAGUGUAACAACAUUUUAUUUGUGCCUUUUGGACAGUACUCCAAUUUAUUUUAAAGUAGAAUACUCUAGAAUCAGUUAAUUCCUGUUUGAGCAUUUAUACUUGUUUUGCUUUGAGGAAAAGACCUCGAAUUAUGAACAAUAUGUUUUAUACAAAAACACAGCAUUUUUAUUGAUCAUCUUACUAGGUCAGUGUUUGCAAGAUCAAUUCUGUUUUUACUAUAUUUAGAUGAAGAAAACAGAAAAACCAAACCAAUUCAAACGAAAAAAGCUCGACAUCCUAAACCUUGUGAAAAUGCACAUGAAUCAAAUAGGCAUGGAAACAUGAAUCAAAUAGGCAAGAGCUUACUGGUGCCCAAUCCACCGGCCUUUUUGCCCAGAACACCACUGAGCCAUAGAAAGACCAAUUCUGUUGGUCAAGGUGAGUAUGCUUCUUUUGUGGAAAUAACUUUUGGAAUACAAUUUUACAAUAUUUAUAUUAUGUUUGCUUCCAUUGUUUUUAGUUUCGGGUUUACAUCUUUAUUCAACACCAUCUAUGAACCGGAGUGCAGAAGUAAUUGGUGAGUUGUUAAAAGUAAUUUAUUGUACAAUCACCAAGGAGACAGCCAAAUUAACCUAAACUAGAUCAGCCUAAACCAACGUUGUUCUUGUGAGCAUAUAGCAUAGGUAAUGUUGUGUGUUCAGUAUGACCAAAGUUUACGGAUUAAAACUAAAUUCAUUUUGGUGUUCCUGCAGUUCUAAAUAUUGUUUUUGCGGUUAAACAACUGGGGAAAGGUUGUGGUUAAUUUUAAAAGUUUAAUACCAUUCACAAAUUACUUUUUUAUUCUUUGCGAUUGUUUGGUAAUGUUUGCAAGCUUUGGUGUUAUUUGGGCUUUUGGACAAAGUCCAUUUAUUUUAAAGUAGAAUAUAUAUGCUAUAAUCAGUUAAUUCCGGCAUGAACAUAAGUAUAUCGAACUGGAAUAAAAAUAUAUGUUUUGCUUUGUGGGAAUCACCGUGAUUUUGAUUGACAAUGGUGAUGUUAUAUACAAAAUUUUAUUGAUCAUCUCACUAGAUCAGUUUUUGUAAGAUCAAUUCUAUUUUUACUUUAUUUAAAUGAAGAAAACAGAAAUACUGAACAAGUUCAAGCAAAGAAGGCUCAACAUCCUAAACCUUGUGAAGAUAUACCUCGUCCUCGCACCCAGAGUGAAAACAUGCAACGAAAUGACAGUAGCUUACUAAUGCCCAAUCCACCAGCCAUUUCACCCAGAACAUCACUGAGCCAUGGAAAGACCAAUUCUGUUGGUCAAGGUGAGUAUGCUUCUUUGUUGAAGCAAAUUUUGGAAUAUAUACAUAUUAAUUACAAUAUUUAUUAAAUGUUUGCUUCCAUUGCUUUUAGUUUCGGGUUUACACCUACAUUCAACACCAUCUACGACCCGGAGUGCAGAAGUAAUUGGUGAGUUGUUAAAAGUAUUUUAUUGUGCAAUCACCAACAGUCCGAACAAGACGGCCAGAUUAACCUAAACCAAGGUCGUUCUUGUGAGUAUACAGUCUAGGUAUUUAUUCAGUGUGACCAACGGUUUACAGAUUAAAAAUAAAUUCAUUUUUGGUGUUUCUACAGUUCUAAAGACUGUUUAAGAACUAGGAAAAGGUUGUAGUAAAUAAACUAUAAUACCAGUUAGAAAGAGGGUUUUUUAUUUUUCUUGAUUUUUGUGGUCAUGUAUGUAAGUUUCGUUAUCUUGUUUACUUUUAUUGUCAGACGAACUUCAAUUUUCACCACCUGGUGACGAUGAUUGCAUCAAAGAAAUAUUCCAGUCCAUCUCAAGUGAAUUGCAGGAGAUGGCCAAUGAUGGUAAGUAAAUUUUAUUGCCAUUUGGUAAGACACAUCCAGAUGUCAUUUGUAUCGCUGGUGUUUACUGUGCAGUGCUGCGAGCCUUGAGAUUAGGCAGUGCUUUGGUACAGUAUGUUGUGUAUUAUAUGUAUAUGUAUAAUAUACAGCCAAUUCAAAAAAGGUUGUCCUUUGAAAAACCUUAAACUCUAAACUUUAAACUCUAAACUUUAAACAUUACUGAAAGCUUGGGAGCACAAGUCUCAAGCUUAGUAGUUGAAUAUUGCAGCUACAGAUUAGUCAAUAAAUUGUUCUCGUAAGGAGAUAUUUACCAUGUCUCUAACAAAUGCGCCCAAUAUAUGAUUUCUAAACUGAUUGAAUAAUGCUACCAUUAUGCUUUGCACGCUUAGAGUUUACGUUUUAAGGUUUUGAGUUGAAGGUUUUUCAAAGGACAACCUUUUUUUGAAUGAGCUGUAUAUAAAUUAUAUAUUUUCCUUUUAUAGGUCAAGCAACCUCAAAGAACAGUGAAUCAACCCAAAGUAAGAUUAUUAAGUGUUACUACUACCUGUAGCUGCUUAGUACUGAUUAUAUGUAAAGUCGCUGGUGAAUGGCUAAUUUUAUUUGUUACCAAAUAGCCAUGAAUUAAUGCUCUAUAACCAGUUACGUCGUUACUAGGCCGUUUGACGCGUCCCAAUAUUGUUCACUUUCAUUAUACAUGUCUUGGAUAAGCACGCUGAGUUCAAAUCCGAACCUUCCCGCGCCGUAGACCCGCAAUUUUCUCACAAACUGCUAUUUUAUCUUCGCUAAUUUCAGAACAAAUUUUUUCAUUGUUCAACGACACGGAUCGAUGACGACUCGCGAUUAGCCUAUAUCACUUUUUUUAAAAUGCAAAUAUUUCUUUCAUGUAGACUAUCGUACAAAUGUCAUUGUAAAACUUGACACAAUAAUAGAAAAUCAAAACGAAAUUCUGGUAUAUUUGAGGCAACAAAGCUCCAAAACACAAGCCGCCUAUGAUGUGGUCCUGGAAGAUGUCCUUCCCAGACCAAUGGACACUCUUGGAGAAAUUCAAAAGCUUUGUUUGAAGUUGGAGCAAUCAAAGUUUAAAAAUACCCUGGUAGGUUGACGUCCAUGGACGCUUCAAUGAAGUCUUGGUUUAGAAAAUAAUUUUAAUAUUUGCAGAGUUCGUGUGAAGCUGUUUUCCAAACACGUUUUUAAUGUUUUCUAGGUUUCAUAUCUUGCUGCUCAAUGUGGACACAGUCUCGGUGAUACAGUGAGGAGAAUCAUGGCAAAAUUAGGGACAAAUAAAUUAUGGUCGCUGUAUAGCUUCAAAGGACGGAAAGGAAAGCUCGCUUUCAAAGGCUUGAAUCUUUGUAACGUGAUAAUAAGUGAGUAACGCUAUUUUCAAAUUUGAUAUGAAACGUUUGUGUUUGUCAAUGAAUGUUGCUCUCUUAUAAUUUUAUUUUUUCAAUAGAAAACGAUGAUAAUUAAAACAGUAGAUGUAUCAUGGAAACAUCUUCAAUUUUGUAGUUUCCUUUUUUAGUUCACACAAAUUCCCACUAGUGUAUGAUAGUAUAAUCAUACAAUAAUAAUAUUGUUUUUUUUCGGUUAUCAUAUAACAGAAAUUAAUACUGUUUAGUAUAACUUUUGCAUAUCAAAUGAGCUUUUGCGCGUUCUGACCAGACGUGCCACCAGACUAGUAAAUAAUGCUUUUUAAAAACAAUGUUUCGGCAUAUUUGGUUUUAAAAUCGAUGAAAUAUUUAAAAAAUCGUCUCCAGAAAACGAAAAAAGCACAAAAUGUUGUAUUUAACUUGAAAGGUAGGAAUCAUAUAAGGUUGUUUUCAGUGUGUAUAUAGUCUCAUAAUACACUCUUCUUACAUUUUGUUUUAGAAUCGUGUGUUAAAUGUCAUGAAAAGGCAACAGAACCGAAUAUCGAAGAGCAGAUAUCCGAGACUUUAAAGCACGCACCAAAUAAACCGGGAGGUUCGAGAUAUCAGGUAAAUCUUUUCAGCAUUUUUUGCGGUACAAGUGUAUGCAGUAAUUUUGUCUUGCCAAUCGCAAAUUGAAGACCCCUAAUAAAUAUAUCUAAAUUUUAAGGUCCUAAUCCGAGACAUUUAAACCUUGUAUAAGAAACCCAUGGUAAUGAGCUUACUGUAUACCUACUGUAACGAGCGCAGUGCACAUCCUUUGUUUUGAGGUUAUGGAAUUAAAAUGUUGCUUGGAUGAUUCGCUCUUAGACUAUAAAAGUGCACAAUGACAAAUGUGUUUUUGUAGAUGUAACAAUCGAUUACGAGCACAAGAUUUCUAAAGAGGUGGUGGCAGUUGAUGAGAGGGACAGCCUGAUAAACGAUCACCGUGUAGAAAUGGGGAGCGAAUAA